CCAGAAGCCCAAAAUCAAAAAUAUUUUAUAGUCGACAUUAUUAGUUUGUUUGAAGCGUUUGGACUUACAAUAAGUGUUGUUUAAUAAUAAUAGAUUACAAUACUGUUAUAAAUAAAUCAAAUACAGAGUUGGUUAAAAAGACCAAUCUUCAAAAUGUUUGAAUCAGAUCCUGAUGAAAAUAUAAAUUACAGCAUCGAUUUUACAUUCAAAAAGAAAGAGGAAAUACCUAUACAGUUAUGGAGGGAUCAUUUUAGCAGACCUAUAAAAGAAAGGAAUGCUUCAAUGAACACAAUAUUCAACAGAGAGUAUAUGACAUUGAAAAGCAAAUGUUGCUUUCUGGAAGAAAGCCAAAUUAAAGGAAGAACACUUGACAAAUUUGGUAUACCAAACAUAUGUGGCAAAAUAUGGAAGAAUUUCUUUCAUCAGUCCAGAAAGUGUAAAAGAGUGAAAACACAAGUUUAAUAAAUCAAAUUCAGUCUACAGUAAAAACAUAUUUGGACCACCAAAUAACAUAUCGAAGCCUAUGAUAAAAAUCAAAGUAUCUUCCAAAACAUUUUCUCGCUAUCCUCCAGUUGCUAAAAGAAUUCAUGAUAAUAGUGCAAUUGAAUUGAAAAUAAGCCAAAGGAAUGUUUCAUUGACACAAGAUUUAAAAAAUAAAAUGAAUGAACAAGAACAUGAUAAUAAUAAACACUCAUAUCAAGAUGAUGUUACUGACAAUCUGCUAAUAAAUCGAAAUUUGAACUGUCCAAAUCAGUACACUUCAGUUGGUUUACCUUGCACAAGUAAUCUAGAAAAAUCAGAAAAUCAAAAGCCUCCAAACAAGCAUCCAAUUGAUGAGGCAGAAAUUAAUUCCAAAAAUUCAUCUAAUGCAUUUCUAAUAACUGAGUGCAAAAAUAGGAGCUCACUUCAUCUAAAGGAAAAACCUAAGAGUGGUAUGAAAAAGACUGUACGAUUCAAUGAUGAAUAUUUAUGUAGAUUUGCACCCUCUCUAAAUUCUUCAGAAGAUGCUGAACAAGUAAGUUAUGAAGAGGAAUUAUUUAGCGAUAAUUUUAAAAUUACAGACAAUUGUGUUGAUAUAGAACAAAUGUCUUUAAACAAACAAAAUGAGAUUCAUUCUACUUCAAAAAACAUAUCAGACCUAGUAACAGCACAUCAAGAAUCUUUAAAAAUUGAAAUACAGAAUACACAAAGUUUAACAACUGAUUUCAUAGAGCAAAAUCAAGAGGUAGACAAAAAAUACUGUCUAGUACAAAAUAAAGAUGAAAAAGUACAAAAUAGUUAUAGAUGCCUAGGAAAUCAUAUUAAAAAAUACAAUAUUGACAUUGAACCAUAUGAGGAACUAAUCAUAACUGAAUAUUCUAGUUCUUUAUCAAAUGAGGAUAGAGAAAAAGAAGGAUUGUGUUCAAAAUCAACUUUAACUAACCAACAAUUUAAGAGUUUAUCAAUACAACAAAUAAAAAAUGCAACUAAACAAUGUUUUGACGAAGGAAAUGAUUUUCAACUAAUCAUGAAAAAUGAUAAGAUUCAACAGAUCUGUGAGGAGGUAAGCUUCUCUUCUACUCAGAUGAACAAGUCGGUGAUAGAAGAAACUCCUUCUAUAUCACAAGAAACAGAUGAGAAACAUGAAGAUAUGACUAUUUGCAGUAAUGACGAGACUGGUGAUACUCUGUUGCAUAAAUCAUCAAAUAACAAUGAUUCCAUGCAGGAUCUAUGUAUUCAUUUUGAAAAUUUAAAUCCAGUAGAAAUUAAAAAUAAUAACUCUAGCCAUGAUUUUGUUGACGAUUAUAUUCCAUUAAGUUUGCCUAACAGUCCAGAAGUAAUAAGUCAAAGUAAUACUAAUGAGCACUCUAAACAAAAUCUUAUCAGUAACAAAAUUGACAGACCUAGUCAUGAUUAUUCAGCUAAUGUUGAAGAACCUAAUUACAAUAUAUUUUCUAAGACAAAUUCUGAAAAUCAGAAUGCUGCUCUUUCUCCUAUAUUAAGUGUAACUAACCAGCUUUAUGGGUCGCCUUCAAACUCUUUAUCAGAUCGUGACUAUUUAAGCAACAUCAGUGAAUAUGCAAGCGAAGAUAAAGAAAACAAUAUGACUAUAUCAAAUAAAGAGAAAGUUGGAUAUGACAAUCAAAUUGGAAAUCAAAACCUGAAAAUAAAUUUAGAAAACUGCUUAAAUUUAACUACAAUUUUGUCAAAUGAAAAUGCUCAAAUAGAAUCAAAGAUAGAUAUUGGUCAGCAAGAAAGUGAGAAAACACUACAUAAUUUGAAUAGUAACAGUACAUUUACCAAUGCUUAUUUAAACAUUCCAAAUACUGUGAAUCUAUUGGAUCAAAAUGAAAAUGAGAAUCAAUUGAAUAAGAAAAAUUUGUUAUAUGUGUGUUCAAAUUCAUUUGAAAUCACACAGUCAAGCACUAAAAUGGGAAUUACUCCUUUUAUAGAAAAUAAAAGCCCAAUUUUUGAAAAUAAACAAGUGGAAAAUAAUGGAAACGUUGAUCAUGACUCAACGACGGAUAACUAUGUAAAUGAUAAAACACAUGAAAAUUCUCACAUAUUUCACAACAACACUGGCAUUUCAGAAUCUCCUCCCAAAACAAAUACAUCAGAUGAAAAUAUAUAUGUACCAUUUAAUUAUAUUUCUUCAACUCAGCUUAGAAGUCAUACAGAUUUGGUUGAUUUUAACUUAACCACAGAAUUAAAUGCAGCUGAGACUAGCAGUAUUCUAGAUAAGAAAACUGUGGAAAACUUGGUUGUUGAAAACUCUUUACUAUCAAAACAAUCACCAACAAAUACACAGAUGUUUUACUCAGAAAUCAAGAUUAAUAAAGCAGUUGAGCUACCUUCUUCAGUACUAAAAUGGGAUUCUUCUGAUAAAGAUGAAGAUUUACUGUGCUCUAAAAAUCAGAACCACAAUUUAAGUAAUGAUUUGCAACAAGAUGACUACAUCAUAUUGUCUCCAGGUUCAUCACUAGGAAGCAUAGCCAAGGGGGAUUUAUGUCUUGAACAUAAAACUAAUGAAAUAGAUUAUGAUUUGAUUCCUCUUUCUCAAAACUGUUCUGUGGACAAAAGAAUCAACAUUCUUAGUGAUAAAAUUUCAGCACAAGAAAUUAAUAAUACUGCAAGUAGUGAUUUCAACAAUGAAAAUAACAAUUUAGAAAAUGAUUUUCAUAGUAAUGAGACAACAGCAAAUACGAUUCAUAAUACACCAAGUAGUAAUAGUAGAGAAAUAACUGAAAAUAUGUUCAAAGAAAAUAAUGAAAUCUUACAUGAAAGUGUGCAUGUUCAAACAAGCAGCAUAAUGGAAUAUUCUGAUACAGAAAUAAAAAUAACAUCUACAGGUAGUGAAAAUGGAUUCUUAAAUUCUAAUUUUGCAAUGAAGAGUAAUUUAAAACAAAAUUUUUCUAAUGGUAAAUGUAAUACUACAUCUUCUGAACAAAGUUAUAAAAAAUUUGAUUUUCCUAUUUCAACAACAUAUCGUGAAAGUAAAACAAAGAGAGAGAACAAAGAACUAAAUGUUAGUCAACACACACAAAAUAAUAACCUAAGUGCCACAUGUAAUUCUUUCAAAAAUUCUUUAGAAAUACAGAGAUUUCCUUUACAGGAAAACACUUCUUAUACUAUUAAAAGCACUCCUAUUAAAUAUAUGAUUACUUCACCAAUAACAGAUUGUAAUAAAGCAACAAAUGUUCAAACUAAACCACAGUUACACAAAAUUAUAAGGGAAGGUAUAUUAAUGAAUAAGCAAUGCACACAAAUGGCAGAUGACAACAAAGAGUAUGUUAAAUCAAAGAAAAGUAUAAGAUCUUCAUCAAUAAAUUCAUGCCAUGAAGAGGAUUGGAAUGAUGUUACAUGUAUAACACCUGAGGAUCAAAUUCCACCUAUAAAAACUUACAAUUGUGAUAUGAUAGACCAUGACAACAUACUUACUGUCACAAGUGACAAUAUCACUUCUGAGGGAAGUAUAGGUAAAAAAGAGCAUUUUAAGGAAAAUGUUCCAUCUUAUUUUCAAGAUAAAGAAAGAGAAAGACAUUUAAAUGGUUAUUCAGAACAAUCCAAAUUAAAAUUAGAAGCAAUUACCAAAGUUCCAAUAACUAUAAAAGAAGUUGUAAUGAACAAAAAGCAAGAAAAUAACAUUUUGAAUAAUUUUAAAGAAAAUAAACUAAUACAAUGUUUAGAAUCAAACAACAAUAGUGUUAGCAAAAUACAAUCAUAUGACAAAUCUAUAAAUACCACUCAAAAAUGUGAAAUCGCACAAGAAUCUUUAAAUAAUAAAUUGAAUGAAGCUGGUGAAAUUUUACUUACUUCAGAUUCAGAGAAAUCUUUGAAUGAUUCCAAAUUGAAAUUUGCCAUAAGUAGCAAAAUAAGAGUAGGCUUAUCUCAAUCCAAAAAUGAGGUAUCGAAAAAUAAAACACCUUCGUUUACUGGAUAUGAAGAUAAUGGCACAAGAAAUGUUGAAGUUUCAGGGAUUAUAUAUGAUGAUGUGUCUCCAAACCAACUGUUACGAGCUGAAAGUUUACAUAGGAUUGAAUGUAAACAUUUAAUUAAUGAAAAUAAAUCCAGCAAAAUAACCAGAACAAAUAUAGUACAAGAAGAAUAUCGCAAUAAUAAUACUUUGAAUUAUUCACAAUCAAUGAAAAGUAAACAAUUUUCUCACGUUACCACAAAACCUCUAUUCUUGUUUUGUAACCAAGGAAAAGUUCACUAUCCAUCCUCUAAACUGUUAUGUAAAACAGAAAAAAUACCAUUAUGUACAGCUACUGACAUUUCAGUAAAGAAUACCUCUGACAAUUUAGUUACUAAAGAGAAUUCCAAAAUAGAUUGGAAUGAGAAAAACUACUUCAAUGAUGAAUCAAAAGAGCAUUACAGUACAAUGUGUGGUAGUAUUACAAAUGGAACCAACAAAAAUAGUUCAAAAGUAACAAGCUAUGACGCAUCAACUCUCCAAUUACAAAAAUCUACUAACUGUACAAACUCACAAAAUAGUGAUGUAAGCAAAUAUACACAAAAUCAUAACAGUUCAUUAAGUAAUUACUUUUGUGAGGAAGAAAACAAUUUUUCAGCUGGCUGUAAUUUGCUUCCAGAAAACCUAAAACAUUCCUCAACAGGAAAUUACUUAUCUGAGGAUAGUUUAUCUCCAAAUGGUCGCUUUGACUCUGAUUUUGAGAAUAACCAUAUUGAAACAUUUUUUGAUGAAGUUAACUUCUCAAGUAAGCAAAUAGAAAAAAGAAAACACCUUGAACGGUCUAGUAAUCAAACAUCUGAUUCAGAAGAUAAGGAUAGCUCACAGAAAAGAAUGAAAUAUUCAUCUAACACUUUAAUAUCAGAAGAUAGCAAUUUGGAAUUAACACGUAGAAACAGUUUCAACUCCCAAAGUGGUCACUCACAAUUUGAAGUUAUGAGUAAUGACAGUGGAAGUUUAAAGACUGAUUCAGCUUAUCCUUCCUUGAGUGAUGAGGACCUGGACUCACUCGAUCCUGAGUUAGAAAAAGAAACUACCGAUGGAAAUUACAUUAUUGAAUUAUUUCCUUCAUGUCAAUUAGAAGAUGAUUCUGAAGAUAGUAUGAGCUGCUUGUCCCCAUCCUCAAGGCAAAGUGAAGAUGAUUUUAAUUUUUAGUUUUAAAUUAUUGUUUAUCAUAACUGUCCCAUUAAAAAUAUAUAUAUGUGUAAUUAAUAGUUACUGUUUCUGACUUAAUUAGGUUGUAGUAAUUGUAACGAUUUGAUCUAAAUAUGUUAAAAUUAAGUGUUUCAUUGAUUUGUAUUACUUCAUAAUCUAGUAAAUUUGGUUACAAUUAUUGUUAAUGAUCUAAAUAUGUUAAAAAUUUAGUGUUUCAUUGAUUUGUAUUACUUUAUAAUCUAGUUAAUUUGGUUAUAAUUAUUGUUAAUGAUCUAAAUAUGUUAAAAAUUUAGUGUUUCAUUCAUUUGUAUUAUACUUUAUAAUUAGUUAAUUUCGUUAUAAUACUUAUUGUUAAUGAAUCGUAAUGAAUUCAUACAUACAUAUCUAAAGGAUGCUAGUUUACUUAAUAAUACUACUAACAGCAAGCAAUACUUGUUUUACUUAAUUAAUAACUGCUAUUUUUAAGAAGGUUACAAGAUUACAUGUUUCAAUAAUGAUUUUAUUAAUUCAUAGUUUAGUUUGAUCAUGAUUGUGAAUAAAUCGUUAUAAACUUAUAAAUCUCUUUGAUUGCAUGUAUUUUAUAAUAUU